GUGUGUGUUUGUUGUUGUUUUUUUUUUGUUUACGUUGCUUACGUGUCGCGCGUCGCAAAAUGUACGUCUGCGCUUACGUAGUUGUGCUCGCAUUUACGUGUGUCGCCGCCGCCAGUCCAGUUAUCGAGCACGUCGAAGUGAUUGAUGAAGGUGACAGUUUUCUGGAUAAUCCGCAUUAUCUAAACAAUGAGCAAAUCGGCGAACUCUUUGCCCGCCUCAGCCGCGACUAUCCAGCACUGGCCCAGACCUACUCGAUAGGUCGCUCCAUACAGGGCCGUGAGCUGCAUGCCCUGGCAUUGAAUGCGCCGGCACCGAACGGCAAUGGCGACGAUCUGCUCCGUCCCAUGGUCAAGCUGGUGGCCAACAUCCAGGGCGACGAGGCACUCGGCCGCCAAAUUGUGCUCUACAUGGCUGAAUAUCUAGCCAGCAGCUACCAACUGGAUACCGAAGUGCAGCGCCUACUCAACACAACCGAAAUUCAUUUUCUGCCCAGCUGCAAUCCGGAUGGCUUUGCGGCCGCAAAGGUGAGUCACAAUUCAAUUAUUAUUAACGCAAACAAUGAGUAAUAUUAUAGGUCGAAG